AUGCGAUUCGGAUAUAAGUCUGUUCUUCAUUAUUACAAAGCAUUCACAAUGACAGCGUCUGUUGUCGCACACGAAAGCAUCCUCGGAAUCAUUUUCAAUUCAUAUGUAUUAACGUUGAUAAUCACGCAAAAACACAACUCAAUCAAAGAAUAUCGGAUUCUGUUAGGAAAUUCAACAUGUGCACUUUUACUGCUUUCGCUGUUGACGUUCUUCCUACAGAUACGGUUCGUCAUUGUAGGAGACUCGCUUGGAUAUGUGGCCCUAGGACCUAUAAGAUUUCUGGAUACUCCUCGCCUAGCACUUUUUUGCACAGCACUGUUUCUAGCCAUCGACUUCUACGCAUUUAUGACAAUCGCUAUGUGCAUGGCCUACAAAUUU